UUCUCUGUAGUCAUAUUUGUGCUAAAGUAAGUGCUACGCUUCCUCCAGAAAAAGGAACUAGGUCUGCUACCCCAAGCUUGGUAAAGUGCAGCGCUCUAGAAGGACGUCACCUCUGUAAAGAGGCUGCUUCUAAUGAGGCUUUGCAAAUUAAAUCUUUAUAUAAAGAAGUGAGAAGAGACAUGAAGAUUCAAUUUGCUCCCAUUAAUAUUCCUCUGGCCCGGAGGCUACAGACAGCUGCUGUGCUGCAAUGGGUAUUCUCCUUUAUCUUGCUGGCACAGUGUUGUUUAGGGAUAUUCCUUUUACUGGUCCUUGCAAGAUUUUGGCUUCUAAUUGCACUCUAUGUUCUCUGGCUCUACUUGGACUGGGAAACCCCCCAGGCUGGGGGUAGAAGAGUUGAAUGGGUCCGGAGCUGGACAGUAUGGAAAUACUUUAAGGAUUAUUUUCCUAUCAGGCUUGUAAAGACCACCGACUUGGAUCCAAGGUACAAUUACAUCAUGGGAUUCCACCCACAUGGAGUUCUGGUUGCUGGGGCAUUUGGAAACUUCUGUACGAACUACUCUGGUUUUAAGGAACUUUUUCCUGGUCUGACAUCGUACUUGCACAUUUUGCCUUUCUGGUUCCGUUGUCCUUUCUUCCGAGAAUACGUCAUGUCUGUGGGCGCGGUCUCUGCUUCCAAAAAGAGUGUCACACAUGUCCUGAGCAGAGAGGAAGGGGGAAAUGCUGCCAUUAUAGUAAUUGGGGGAGCUGAGGAAUCCUUGGAUGCCCAUCCUGGAAGUUUAACACUUCACAUUCUGAAUCGUAAAGGAUUUAUCAAAGUGGCUCUAAAAAGAGGGGCCCACCUAGUACCUGUGUUUUCAUUUGGAGAAAAUGAGUUGUUCCUUCAGAUGCCAAAUCCAAAGGGUUCUUUUCUGCGGAAAAUCCAAGAGAGGCUGCAGAAAAUCAUGGGAUUUGCUCUGCCAAUAUUUCACGCUCGUGGUAUAUUCCAAUAUAGCUUUGGCCUUUUACCAUACAGGAUGCCCAUUAACACCAUAGUUGGCAGGCCGAUACCAGUGGUACAGAUGUCAAACCCCACACAAGAGGAAAUUGAGACACUUCAUCAGAAGUACCUUAAUGCUCUACAAGAACUCUUUGAGGAAAAUAAGGAAAAAUAUGGGAUCCCUGAACAUAAGUCCCUCAUCUUCACAUGACCUGGCCAAUUAGCUGCUGUAAAAACCUGAAAUCUUCGCUCAGCAACACAUAACCUCACUAGCUACUCCAGCACCAGAUCCUCGGAGUUAACUACCAUGCGCUUUGUGCAUCAUGACCCACUGUACAUUGGUUUAUGUGCAUCAGUUAUUUUAGAUGUUUAGAUAUUUUCAGCACCUGUUAGUAAAUCAAACAUAUCACUUACUAAAUGUUAUACUUGAUAAUACAAUCCCUCCAUAAAUUAUGGAAAGUAAUUAAACAUAGGGUUAACAAAUACUGCAUUGUAUAUGUUGAAAUACAGUUUCCUAUUGUAUGCUGGAUUUGUUCCUAUAGUAUCAGCCUAUAUUUUCUCACCUUAUCUUGAAAAUUAGCUUGUGUUGAAAUACUGAUAAUUCCAAAAGUAAAAAAUACUGACUGGUAGUGCACAAAUCAAUGAAGGGAUAUAGUUCAUUACAACAUGUCAUUCUAGUAUUAUUGACCCUAAAUAACUAUGGUUUAAUAUCCCUUUAAAUCAAGGCUAUAGGAGCUUUUUUAACACCCUUUGUGAGUGCAUGCUGUUAACUUUUAGCUACCUUUUAAUCAUUUUAGGGUAAUAGUUGAUGUGCUACAUACAUAAUAUCUAAAUAGACACAGGGAUUUGUGAUUUUGGGCAGUAAAUUAACUGAUGGAAUGACUAUCUUAUGUAACGAAAUAUUCAUCUGUUUGCCAAAAAUUGUCAGUUACUGUGUUCAGCGUUGUAAAUCAUUUUUGAUGACUAUAUCAUUACACUUAUAAGAAUAUAUUUAUAUUUAAAAUUCCUCCCCUUCCCCAUUUCUUUUUAUGGACCUACACAAAAAAAAUGCAGAAAAAUUGCACAUUACAAAGGACUAAAUGCUACCAAUAAGUUUUUUACAUAAGUAACGUUUCUACACAUUCAGAUGCUCAUAUCUACCAUAUAAGUUAAGUUGUGGUAGUUUCAGUUCAUUCUAAAACAUUAAAACUGUCUGUACAUUUUUGAGGAAAUAUUUUAUAUUCCCUUAGAAUAGCUUUAAAAAUAAAAUCCCUUCUAAUUUGUCAUAAGAUCCAUCCCGUGAAUGUAUACAAUUUGGUAUAGUUUCAAUAGAAACAUAAAAGCUUACUAUUUAUGUGAAUAAAUAUAUUUUUAUAAAAAGCUAUAUUGUUGGUUAAAAUGUAUUUUUGGAAGUUGCCUAAUAUAUAACAUUCUGCUGUAUAUUCCUUGCACGUCUGCCCUUUACAAGCUAUAUAGUGUUUAUCAUGAAGUGUUUAAUUAUAUAUUCUGGAUGUAUUGCUUAAUAAAAAUGUACUAAGCUUUC